AUAUGUAUAUGAAUGAUAUUUUUAUGAUUAGUUUUAUAAAUAAUCAACAAAGAUUAAGUAACAGGAAACAACCGGUUACUGAAAGGUCAUAUUUAGUCAUUAACACAAUGAUAUUUUCCAUUGGUUGAUUUUUCCCACAACACUUUUAUAUCUGCUCAUUUACAAGUAACUGUAAUCUGCUGAUAAAACAAGAUGAAGUGGUAUACACAUAUGGGAGACUUUGCCAACAUGGUGAAAGCCUUCAUUGGCUCCAAUUACUUAGGUGUGUCAUUUGCUUUUUACCAGAGUGGAUUAGGACUUGGAAUCAUCGGAUUAAUACUUGUAGCCGCACUUACAGACCAUUGUUGUCAUCUCAUAGUAAAAACGAAAUACAGAGCAAUCAAGAACACAAUAAAUGAUGUGAAAGUUCAGUCAAAACCCAAUAAACAAUACAUGGCAACCAGUGAUUCCGAAGAAUUCAGUGAACCUGACGUUGAAAUAGAAUAUGAGGAAGCUCGUGAACAUGAAGAACAUAUGAAGCGUCACAUGUCAUAUGGCGAUGUUGGAUGGAAUGCAUUUGGAAAAUCUGGAUUAUAUGUUGUAAAUUUCUUCAUUGGGAUCACACAGUUUGGGUUCUGUGUUGCUUAUUUUAUUUUCAUCGGAAAUACGAUACAUUCUUUGUUUCCCUUUAUAUACUGUGAUAAUUCCAUGCCCUUCAACUCAACAGGAAAUAGGUAUCCAAUUUGUCACGGUGUAAUAGCGCGUAAAACAGAUGUAAAUUCUUCAGAUUUAUAUCUUCAACAUAGUAGACAUUUAUUUGAUCGAGAUAUUAAUAACUUUGAAUCUAAUACUUCUGUCGCUCCAUUUACAACUGGGAACAGUACAACAGCUGCACCAAUCACGACAACCACAGUGAGCAAUGCAUCAACAGUGAUACCGAUGAUUUCAACAGAUUCAACAACAAAACCAACCACAUCAACAAUAACAACCACAAAUAGUUCAGUAAUAACGACCACAAAUAGUUCAAUAGUAACGACUUCAAACAGUUCAAUAAUAACAACUACAAAUAGUUCAAUAAUAACGACAACAAAUAGUUCAACAACAACUUCGUUACCUACAACAACAACAAAUGUUUCCGAUAUUUCCAGUAUUGUUCAGCAGUCUUCAGCGCCAUCUCUCAAAUUUUUAGUGGCAUUACCACUUCCUCUUUUUGUCAUAUUUGCUAUGAUAAGAACAAUCCGUAAAAUGUCUUUCAUCAGUGUUUUGGCCAAUAUCUCAAUAUUUACUGGUUGUAUUGCUGUUUUUAUAUUCCUAGUUAUAGAUUUUGAAGUUCAUCCUGAUAUUCGUUAUUUUAACUGGGAAGGAUUCCCUGUGUUUUUUGGACAGGUAACAGCAGCUUUUGAAGGAAUUGGCUUAGUUGUUCCAGUCGAAUCAAGCAUGGAGGGAAACAGACACAACUUUGCAUCAUUUUUACAUGGGGCCAUACUUGUUUUGUCUGUCAUACUAGGAAGCUUUGGAAUUCUGGGAUAUUUAAGAUUUGGUAGUGGAGUCGAACAGAUGUUGAAUUUGAACAUUCCGUCUGCAAGCUGGUUUGCCUUUUCUAUAAAUAUCUGUGUGAUCAUAGGUGUGGCCUUGACCUUUCCACUACAGAUAUACCCUGUAACAGAAAUGAUAGAAUUAGUUCUAUUUUCACAUGGCAGUAUAUGUGGACCAAAGAAUGGCAAAGAUCCAGAUGACUCAACAGAAGAAAUGUUGUUACCUAAAGACUCACCUGAUUUGGUUAAACUUAUACCAAAAGAGGUAUCUGCAUGGAAGCGAAAUCUAGUAAGAUUUUUUGUAGUUUGUGUAACUGCUGGAUUGGCUGUUAUUUUUAGAGAUAGUUUUGCAUAUGUUGGCGCUUUUACAGGUGCGAUAGGAAGUUCUUUAUUAGCUUACAUACUGCCGUGUCUGUUUCAUCUAAAGAUCUGUGGUAGAGACUCGUCAUACGGGAUCAUUAUUAAGGACGUGACGAUAGUUAUCAUUGGUGUGAUAUGUAGCAUUGUCAGUCUGUACGCUGUUAUAGUCAAACUUAUACACCAGACUUCCGUAUGAUAAUAGAAUCUUACUUAUUUCAUCUCUCAUAUUUGCAGUUUUAUAAGAUUAAAGAUAUGAUAUAACAGUAAAAGUCAUAUUUCCCAAUUAUGAUUGUAAAGAUAGAAGUGACUAUUAAGAAAUCCUAAAUUUUGUCAGAUUUUAAAAAUGUACCAAGAUACGACAUUUCAUUUCUUUUCUUUUUUAUCAGAAACUGCCAUUUUUUUGUUCAUCAGUAAUUUAUGCCAUAGAAUCCUGCCUGUGUAAUAAAACUUUUACAUGGUAUUUCAUUAUAAUUUAGGUCUCUUUAGUUAGUGUUUUAAUGCCCCCACCCCAUGUUAAAACACUUUAUUUAACAAGCAAGGUUUACAGCUUUACUUACAUUUUAUAUUUGGAGAAACCUGUAUUUUAAAUAUGAAUUCAUUUGGGAUUUUUUUAUCCACUUGAAUUGUCUAGUUCAUAUGCAUUGUUAUUGCCUCGGGAUUGACAGUAAGUUGCCAGGUUGAUUCCUAAGGAACUUGAAAAUUUAGGUAAUUAAAAUUCUUAUGAUUUUUUGGCUGCUACAUUUCUGCAAUUAUUAUUAAGUGUUUUAUUGUAACCAAUUUAAAAUUUGUACAUUCUGGCCAUUGGUACACUUAUUUGUUAAUGUUGUGACCUCUGGUAUAAAUUUUACAGUUUAAAAAAAAUAUCGAAACUUUCAUGUCAUGUAAAAAGGACCAAAUAUCUCUAAAUAAAUUCCAAUCCCUUGGUUAUGAAAUGUUAUUCAGUAUACUGUUGUGCAUGUUGUUUUAAUUGCUCAAUGUUUUUAUUCCCUAAUCUAGAGGGGCAAUUUUGCAAUCACCUUGUCUGUCUGACUGUCAGUCUUCUGUCAACCAGUUCAUUCUUUCAUUCGACAAAUAUUUACCUCAAUCUUUUCUCAGAAAGUACUUAACAUUAUGCCAUCUUAUUUAGUCAACCAAUCAAAGAUAUGUUUGAGCAUUUUGCUGAUACAUAUAUUAGAAACUUUAUUUUUGUUUGCAGAUACUGUGGAUUCAUUUAUUUUCGUGGGUACCAAUUUUUGUGGUUUGAGGAAAACUUGCAUAUCCGUGGAUAUUUAAAUUCGUGGUUUUUGUAAAGUAUACAUACAUUCCUAAAGAAAAUUUGCAAUUUGUUGAACAUUUAAAUUUGUGGUUCUUCGGUAUCCACGAAAUCCACAAUAAUUGGUAUCCAACGAAUAUUAAUGAAUCCACAGUACUUAGAAAUUUUCAAUCUAUUGAAUGAACUUCAUAAAUGAUAAACUGGUAUAUUGUGGAGCCUUUUUUAGUUGGUUUUAUAGUAUGAAUAUUCACCUGUAAACAUGUAAAUAAUCACUGCCUUGUCUUUUUGUUCUUUUUGAUAGAUAGCUGUUCAUUGACAAUUACAAUAUAUCUCUGUAUUUGUAUAUAAUGUUGUAUUAUGACAAAUAUAUACUCAAGUUUAUGUUUAUUGUAAAAUUAGUUCUUAUUAAUGUAUUUACUCAUUUAUACAUUUGUAGUUUACAGAAAUUUCUUACAAAGAAAAGUGAAAUUUAUGUUGUAACGUUGUAUAAAUACCAUGUGUAACAAUGGUAAACAGAUAAUUGCUCAUUAUUCUUUAUGUAAGUGUUAGUUAUAUAUACUUUUGUGGUUGUUACUGGGUAAUGUAGUCAUGUAUCUACAUUAACAUAUUUUUUUAUGAAUACUAAUCUGUGAUAUUAUGUUAUAUUUCAUUACAAUUUAUACUUUCUUUAUACCAUAUAGUGGGUUAUUUACAUGGGUGUAACAUUUUGGGAUUUUCAAUGAAUCAGCUAUAUGAAAUAUUUUGGGGGUUAUCAUUUUAGCGAAUUCAAAUCAUUUAUCGAAACCUUUGCAUGUGCAUUCUGAAAUUGGCUGAUUUUAUUUUGGCAAUUUUGUUCCAUCCGCAAAAAUUUACACCCUGCGAAAAUCAUCCGCUAUACAGUAUCUUGUGCAACAUCCUUUAAGUUUCACAAGGACUAGAAUAUUUUUCUAAUUUUUACUGAAUAACCUGCAACCAAUGUCACUAAAGAAAUUACACCACUAAUACAAUUUCAAACAUUGAUGCCUAAUUUGUCUUGAAUUGAAAUAAAGUUGCAAAUUUCAAAAUUAUAUCUUAUCCAGUCUUGUGCAUAACUUUAAUGGCAUAUUAGAGCACACUAGUUCCUGGAAGUUUCAUUGUUCAAAAAACAGAUACUUCUGAUCUCAACAUCAUUGUAAAUGAGACCUCAAAUUUAAAAAUUCAUAAAAAAAAACAUUACAAGAUUUUAAGCACUACUGGUAUGUAGGGGAGAGCUUUUAUAUUUUUGUUUUUGCACAUUUUUGUUAAGUAUAGAAUUGGUCUCUGUUUGUCUAUUCCUUGUAGUUUUAAAUCCUGUUUGAUGUUUGCUUUGUCUUUGAAUACUUGUUGUUAUAACGUUGCGCAAUAUUUUAUAUUUAUUGAGUAGAUUGUUAUUUUUAUUUGGUGAAUAUAAAAGUGGUUGUUUAAUGAAGCAAACAGUAGAACCAGUCUUCAUUGGCUUAAUUUAGUUCUUUAAAUACAGUUUGUACUAGCAAAGCUGUUUUCUGUGCAAUAGUUGUAUUAAAAAAAUGUGUUUCAUGUAUGUGAUCAUUUUGUAGCAUGGUGUACUUAGUUACUUUGCAAGCUUUAACAUUUAUUCAUUCAUUGCCAUUAUAAAUUGUUAAUAUGAUUCAAUUUUUUCAAAAGUUUGAUCAACAAAACAUGGAAAUUGAUCAUGUUAUUAUACACAGAUAUGAUGUUUAACUGGAUGUUCAAUGGAAACCUUGUCAUGGCUUUGGGUAGGGGGCACACAUGCUUCUCCAGUUGUUUCCAGGCAUGAAUUGUUCAACUAAUGCUUUCCAAAUUUUAAUAUUUGUUACUGUCAAUGUGAAGGUCAAGUUCAUAAUUACAAAUUUUCAUUUUUGAAGUUCAAGAGUUACAGACCUUGAUUCAUUGGACAAUUGAACUUUUAUAAUUCUACGUCAUUUACCAAAACUAUUCCCAUUUUAAUAUGUUGCUAAAUAAUGACAAACUGUUUGUAACAACUUUAAUGAUUGAUAAAUUUUAUCCUGAUAUCAUUUUCAUGUCUUAUUCUAAUAAAAUUUGAUGAGAUGUUUUUUAUUCAACCCGAUUUGAGGCAUAUUUCUCAGUCUACAGUAUAACUUUAAUAGCAAUAAUG